AUGGAGAUCAUGGAGACCCCAAAUGGGCGCACCGCCGCAAAGAAACCUCUCCUGCUGCUAAGCUGCGCCAUGCUGGCGCUCGGCAACUGCUGCGGUCCCCUAGUGAUGCGGCUCUACUUCCUCCGCGGCGGCAAUCACAUAUGGCUCUCCAGCUGGCUCGAAACCGCCGACUGGCCCAUCAUCCUUCCCGCCCUCGCCGUCAUCUUCAUGCAGCGCCGCCGUGCAGCUGACGGCUCCUCCGCCAGGUUCUUUCUCAUGAAACCUCGCUUAUUCGUCGCCUCCGCCGUCCUCGGCGUCCUCACCGGCCUCGAUGACUACCUGUAUGCGUAUUAUGGCAUGGCGCGUCUUCCGGUGUCCACCUCAUCGCUGAUCAUAGCCACCCAGCUGGCCUUCACGGCCGGGUUCGCCUUCCUUCUGGUGAGGCAACGGUUCACCUCGUAUUCGAUAAACGCCGUCGUUUUGCUAACGAUCGGAGCUGCUAUUCUGGGGAUCCAUGCGAGCGGCGACCGUCCUAAGAACGAGUCGAACAAGGAGUAUUAUUUGGGGUUCUUUAUGACGCUGGCGGCGGCAGCGCUCAAUGGGUUGGUUUUGCCCGUGGUGGAAUUAACGUACAAGAAGGCACGGCAGGCCAUUACCUAUUCACUGGUGCUGGAGAUGCAGAUGGUGAUCGCUUUCUUUGCUACUCUCUUCUGCACCAUAGGCAUGCUGGUCAACCAUGAUUUUCAGGCAAUUUCAAGGGAGGCAAAAGAAUUUGAACUUGGAGAAGCAAGGUAUUAUGUGGUGCUGGUGUGGAAUGCAAUCCUUUGGCAGGUUUUAUUUCUUGGAGCAAUUGGGGUGAUCUUUUGUGCCUCUUCAUUGUCAUCUGGAAUUUUAAUUUCUGUUCUAAUCCCCGUGACUGAGCUUUUAGCUAUUAUUUUCUACAAAGAAAAGUUUGAGGCUGAGAAAGGAAUUGCCCUUGCCCUUUCUAUUUGGGGCUUCAUUUCCUACUUCUAUGGAGAGAUAAAACAAUCCAAGAAAACUAAUGAACAAAUCCCAAAAAUAGAGAUGCCCUAAAGUCUUACAGCA